GAGAAAAUGAACUGAAUUAAUACAUAGAGGGGGUUGUGUCUCUGAACAUUUGGAGCCUAAAUAACCGCAGUAGCAUUAUUACAUAGUAGAGGGAGGAAAGCUAGAGGAAGUCUGUGGACAGGCGAGGUAGGGGGAGCCUGCAUAUUUCUGAUUGUUCAGAAGAAUCUUGAAGAUGAUGGAAAUAUCAGAUGUGCUAAAGUUUCCUAGUAAUGCCCAAGGAUGCUGACCUGGCUUUCAGUGCUGCAUUGUUUGAAAAAGCAGAGUCCCUAUAUACUCUGAUUUCAGAAUUUUUUUCUUGUUUUUGUGUGUCUACCUUGGCAUAUACUAAAGCAAGUACGCCCUCACGUGUUGCUAAAGGAGUUAUUGACCAAACCAAAAUGAGUCUGCAUGGUGCUAGUGGGGGACAUGAACGAUCAAGAGAUAGACGAAGGUCAAGCGACAGAUCACGGGAUUCAUCUCAUGAAAGAACAGAAUCUCAACUCACUCCUUGUAUUAGAAAUGUUACUUCUCCAACACGACAGCACCAUGUUGAACGAGAAAAAGACCACAGUUCCUCUCGUCCAAGCAGUCCUCGUCCUCAGAAGGCUUCUCCAAAUGGUUCUAGUAGCAGUGCUGGGAAUAGCAGCAGAAACAGUAGUCAGUCAAGUUCAGAUGGUGGCUGUAAGACAUCUGGGGAGAUGGUGUUUGUAUAUGAAAACGCAAAAGAAGGAUCUCGGAGUGUAAGAACGUCGGAACGAGUAACCCUGAUAGUGGAUAACACUAGAUUUGUUGUAGACCCAUCCAUUUUUACUGCACAGCCAAAUACAAUGUUGGGCAGGAUGUUCGGAUCUGGCAGAGAACAUAACUUUACACGUCCCAAUGAGAAGGGGGAGUAUGAAGUGGCAGAGGGAAUUGGCUCCACUGUUUUUCGAGCUAUUCUGGAUUACUACAAAACAGGAAUAAUCCGUUGUCCUGAUGGCAUAUCUAUUCCUGAACUGAGAGAAGCAUGCGACUAUCUUUGUAUUUCUUUUGAAUAUAGUACUAUUAAAUGUAGAGAUCUCAGUAUUUUUGUGGGUUUUGUUUCAGGUGCCCUGAUGCAUGAGUUAUCAAAUGAUGGUGCUCGUAGACAGUUUGAAUUUUAUCUGGAAGAGAUGAUCCUGCCUCUCAUGGUAGCCAGUGCCCAGAGUGGGGAACGAGAAUGCCACAUAGUAGUGCUUACAGAUGAUGAUGUGGUCGAUUGGGAUGAAGAGUAUCCACCACAGAUGGGAGAAGAGUAUUCACAAAUUAUUUAUAGCACAAAAUUAUAUAGAUUUUUCAAGUACAUUGAAAACAGAGAUGUGGCCAAAUCAGUUUUGAAGGAGCGAGGUCUUAAGAAGAUUAGAUUGGGAAUAGAAGGUUAUCCUACCUACAAAGAAAAAGUAAAGAAAAGGCCUGGGGGCCGCCCAGAAGUGAUUUACAACUAUGUCCAAAGACCCUUUAUUCGAAUGUCUUGGGAGAAGGAAGAAGGAAAGAGUCGGCAUGUAGACUUUCAGUGUGUAAAGAGUAAAUCUAUUACCAACCUUGCAGCAGCUGCCGCAGACAUUCCCCAGGACCAACUGGUAGUCAUGCACCCGACCCCGCAAGUGGAUGAGCUGGAUAUUCUCCCCAUGCACCCCCCUUCUGGCAACAAUGACCUCGAUCCUGAUGCACAGAAUCCAAUGCUGUGAUGCUGGCGUUCCUUGAAACCAUAGCAUGCUACCCUUCACGGUGACGUCGCGCGCUCCUCAUUCUGCACUGCAAGGCCACGCUCUUCAUCGUGAGAUGCACAUAACAAUGUUUAGGAUAUUGCAGUGGAGGCUUUUUUUAAAGACCAAAGGUAGCGGAAUGGUUUUUUUUAAAUGAGUACAACUCUAGCAUCCUGCGGUUCCAGUUAUAGAAAUGUUAUUUGUUUACCAGUAGGUUCGUGAAAUUGGUUCUUUGUAUGGGGGACAGUCCUUUUUCACACAUCUAGAUAUUUUCAGAAGUGGUGAAAAUUGGCAGC